AUGCAUCAAGAUAUUUAUGUGUUUGUGCAUUUUACACGAAUUUACAAUGCGACACCAUCCGUCCAAAUAUCAGCAAAUCACAGCACAACAGCAAGUGGAAACUUGGCACCAGUUCAUAACGGCAUUUCUACAUGGAUUGAGAAUAUCAAUGCGUCUGGAUUCAGAGUCUGUGUCAAGGAGGUGUACGUGACCAGAUAUGAUCCUGUGUCAGUGAGUUAUGCGGUCCUAACAGACAUCUGUCCUCCCGCAUGGAGCUACUUCAAUGGUUUCUGUUACUACACCAGUGAUACAUGUACCAAUUGGACCACAGCUGUAAAAGAAUGCAGACAAGAAAACUCAGUUCUUGCAGAUGUAAACAACAAUGAAGAAAAUGUUUACAUACAACAUCGCCAUAAUGGAGAUAAAUCCUGGCUGGGUUUGAAUGACAGAUCAACAGAGGGCGAAUUUACUUGGGUGGAUCGUGGACAUGGAAACUUUACAGCGUGGGCCAAGAACCAGCCAAAUAACCUCAAAGAAGAAGAUUGUGCGCACGCACUUGGUGUGAAACACGACUAUGAAUGGAACGACGUGCAUUGUAGUGAUUGUUAUCAGUUUACUUGUAAGAAGGGUGAGUGGAACAUAUCAAAUAAAGCUUAUAAGAUGCUUUUCGUUCCGCUCGCUGAAUCAAUCGACAGUCACAUGAUACACUAA